AUGGAACCAUCUCUCUGCACGCCGCACGCCACGGUGACCGCAGCAAAUGCCGCUCCGCUAUCCGUGCGCCACCGCGGCGCGCACAGGGUUCGCGGCGCCGUGCGCGCCCACCGCCACCUCCAGGGGACGGCGGCGCGGGAGCCGGGAGAUCCGCACCAGAACAAGCAGGCGGUCCCGGCGAAGGGACGAGGCCCGACGGCGCUGCCCAACGCCGCGCUGAGGGUGGGCGCCGGCGUGACGCUGGCGCUCGCGCUGGGCGGCGUCUCGUGGACGGCGCGCGGCGGGAGCGCCGGCCCCGGCCCCGUCACGCAGACGGCCAUGGUGUGCGCCCUCAAUGCCGUCACCGACGCCGCGCUCCGCGCCUCCACGGAGCAGCGCGGCGCGGCGACCAUGAAGACCAGCGUGGACGCGCUCUCGGACUCGCUGUUCCGGCGCGAGGACUCGCCCCGGGACCGCGCCACGCUCAUGGACCUCGUCUUUGAGCAAGUCACCAAAGAGCAUAUCACCGACAGGGGGAAGCUGACGAGCCUGCUGCAGAAGGAGUUCUCGGCUUCCCGCGACUCGGAAAGGAAGCUUGACCUCGGGUUGCUGCUCACUGACGUUCUGAUCAACCAGAGAGACUGGCAGAGGGCGAAAGAAGUUUGCCAGCAGCUUACAGGCCGCUACCAACGUGACUCGAGGCCGUACCUUCACUUAGCUGUGAUCAACAUGAUGAUAGCAGUGGAAGCCAUGCUGUCCCCUGACACUGCCACCACCGACGACAUCGAGAAGAUGACCAAGACUGCCAUGGAUGCCUGGAAGGAGUUCAAGAACAAGAGCGAGCUAGCCAAGGGGGCAGCAGAUUCCACCGCCUGA